UCGAGCGCGACUCUGCCAUCGGGGCCAGAAGUAAAGCUCUGCGUCGUCUUAUCCUGAUGUGUAAAAAUGUUACCACCCCAGAGGCAAGCGGCCUUGUUUGGUCUGAGUCCCGAACAAAAUUACCCCGAGCUCACCUUGGUACAGAAUUGCAGGGUGUUUCGCGUGACCACAAGGCUCGGCUCGUACUAGUUGUGCAGUCGCUGCGAUUAGGUACGACUUUGGCGGCCACAGCACAGGGACACUCUCGCAUGAUGCAAAUCCAAAAGCGGCUGAUGAAAGCGGGCCGGUAACUAGAACUACCGAGUGCGUGGCAACACCUGUCCAGACGCGCGCGCCCCACAGGGGAGGCCUUCCCCUUACCACAUGCCUUCCUGAACGUCAUGUGCGGUCUACUCGAUGCUAAUCCAGGCUCCAUUCUUUAGGCGUUUUCUGGGAUAAAGCACAGCAGGGACGACGUGUCUAGAUCUAGAUGACGUGCUGCAAGCCCGCAGCAUGACUAGGAAGAGGCUGCGAAAACGUCGCUGCGUAGGAAUGUUAAUGCGAAUGAGCUUCGCUGUACGAUGAAAAAAAAUCGCUGAUAAGAAGGUGGAGGACAAGGACACUUAAUAUCAGGGGUACAGAUACAGUGCGUUUCAAAUCGUUCUCGACGCAUGACAAGAGGCUGGCGUGAGUUUUUGGGCUGGAGGUAGUUUUUCACACGACCAUACGCAGCCCUUCUCAGAUAGAGCUUCGCACUGUCGACUCUUUUCCAGCAAUUUCUAGAUGUGGCAGCCAGGAGGGACGAUCAUCUGCUGGCAACUUAGACCAAGAUACGCUCUGCACGACGGGGAGGACUCUGGAAGCACAAACAGAUUCGGCGACACCAAUGGACGAUGAAGUUCCACCACAUGCACAUCGUGUUUCUCCUUCAACGAAAAUAAAGGAAGCCGUCCGCGACACCGGUUCUGCUUCUGGAAAGCGAAGGCACAAUGGAGGCCGGCCUCUGCAUUAUUCCGCAAGUCCCCGGACUCGCAC